GCCCAGUUCCCUGUGGCAGAAGGGGAUCCCAGCACACCCUGGAAAGUGUUCUCAUCUGUGCUCCGUUCUCGAUGAGGUGUCUGGGAAGGCUUCUCCAUCAGCUUGGAUGAAUAAAGUUUUGAAGCCCUUGGAGCCUCCUGCAGAUGUGUCUACAGGGAGGACUUCUCCAGCUCCUACCUGGGAUGCUGCACUCAAGCCCAGCUCCCAUCACAGUGGUACUCCAACAGGGAAGAUCCAAGACAGAACAGACAAGAUAUUCCUGGAGUCACCCAAAGAGAUGAGGCAAGAGCUGAAGGAACUCCUGCAGACAAGACAAGAGAUGGACAUAGUGCUUCAGUGGAAGGUGGCAUUUCUUGAAGGAAGCACUCCAUCUUCGGUGCCAGCCCCUGCUGCAGGCAGGAAGGCGAUGGCAGACACGGGCACAGGCACAGCAGACUGGGAUGCUGGGAAGGAUUCUCCAUUAGCCUGGCGCUCUGAAGUUGUGAAGCCCUCUGAGCAUUGUGCAGAUGUGUCUGCAGGGACGACUUCACCAACUCCUACCUUGGAUGAUGCACAAAAGCCCAGCUCCCAUCACAGGAGUCCUCCGACAGGAGAGACCAAAGACAUGGCAGGCAAGAAAUUCCAGGACCCAUUAGAAAUCCUGUGGCAAAUGCUGAAGGAAUGUCUGCAGAGAAGACAAGAAAUGAAAGGAGAGCCUGUGGAGAAAGAAGCAUUUCCCGGAGGAAGCAGGGGCUUCGUGGCAACCUCUGCUGCAGGAAGGGAGGUCAUGCAGGCACAGACACAGGAGUCAAAGAGAAGAGCAGAGAGGGAAGGGGCCGGGUCCAGGGCUGUGCCCCGGGGCUGA